AUGGUUCAUCACAGAGAGGAAGAUCUGAUUGGGAUCCCCUUCCCGAAUCACAGCAGUGACGUCCUCUGCAGCCUGAAUGAGCAGCGUCGAGACGGCCUUCUCUGUGACGUCAUCCUCAUCGUCCGGGACCAGGAGUACCGCACCCAUCGCUCUGUCCUGGCCGCCUGCAGUCAGUACUUCAAGAAACUCUUCACGGUGGCCACCACCGAUGGCGGGGACCCGCAACACGCCACGGCCGUUUAUGAAAUAGACUUCGUAGCCCCGGACUCCCUCACAGCCAUCCUGGAGUUCGCCUACACCUCCACCCUGACGGUGACCGCGUCCAACGUGAAAGAGAUCCUGAACGCAGCGCAGAUGCUCGAAAUCCCCUGCAUUAUCAACGUUUGCCUGGAGAUUAUGGACAGUGGUGGGGAAGGUGGUGGAGGAAGCAGGGAGGAGGAAGGAGAAGAGGACGAAGAGGAGGAGGAAGAAGAUGAGGAGGAGGAGGAAGAGGAGGAGGACGAGGAGGAGGACGGGGGAUCGAGAAAGGACGAGCAGGAGGAGGACAACGUCAGUGAGAAAUCGCUGCAGUCGUUGGAGAGCAGGGGAGAGCAGAUGCCUCAUGGGACGGAGGAUUCACCGCCCCCGAGCACCUCCGCAUUCCACCGAGAACUCGACCACCGCAGAGAGUCAGCCCAGCACAAGUCCCCAGACACCAUGACGAGCAAACAGGAGAGCAUGGAGAGUCGGGCUCUGAAAGAUUUUUCAAUCGAGUCCCUCCUUCAGGAGGGGCUCUAUCCACGCAUGUCAACACUGGACAGGAGGGCCAACUUCUCUCCUCUCAUCCCGGGCUUCUACCCCUCUGUGUGGGCCGCCGAACUCCCAGUCCUGCCCCAGCAGCUCCUGAACCCCGCACAUCCCCACCCAGGUGUCUCACCCCAAGCCAGGCACCAUCACAGUUUUCCUGCCGCUGCACCACUUGAGCACUCAAGGCCCCUUGAUUUAGCUGUGAAAAGAGAGAUGAUAAAGGAAGAGAUGAAAGAAGAAGCACCGCCUAGUUUUAUCCAAGGUGACUUGCUCAAAGACUUUAUCAGCUCAGGCCUGGGCGGCCCCAUCAGCGCUGGAAAAGUGACAUCCGAUGGUCAUUCCCUGGCUCCAAUUAAAGACGAAGCAGACUUCCGGUCAUACCUGAGCUUCCUGAGCUCAGCAUCCCACCUGGGUGCACUGUUUCCUCCCUGGCAGCUGGAGGAGGAAAGGAAGAUGAAGCCCAAAGCAUCGCAGCAGUGUCCAAUCUGCAACAAAGUCAUCCAAGGAGCUGGGAAACUGCCUCGACACAUGAGGACGCACACGGGAGAAAAACCUUAUAUGUGCACUAUCUGUGAAGUGCGAUUCACAAGGCAAGAUAAACUCAAGAUUCACAUGCGGAAACACACAGGUGAACGCCCCUACAUCUGCCUCCACUGCAACUCCAAAUUUGUCCACAACUACGACCUGAAGAACCACCUCCGGAUCCACACGGGGGUCCGUCCUUACCAGUGCGAGCACUGCUACAAAAGUUUCACCAGGUCCGACCACCUACACCGACACAUUAAGAGGCAAAGCUGCCGCAUCUCCCGGCCCAGACGAGGACGGAAACCAGCUGCCUGGCGGUCCGCACCUGCCGGCGGCUUCCUGUGCCCUCCUGCUGUUGCAGCCAACCAACUGGGGGAGAACGGGUUGAAUCCGGCAUUCCAGGGGGCCAAAGGUCAGGGACUUGGGGAGCUGCUGGGGUUCAGCAGCAGGGCUCUGGGAUUUAAGUGUGUGGACGGGUCGGGCAGGGAGAGCAGGGAGGGACGGCCAGCCCAGGGGAAACACGUCACAGAGGAGGAGAGGGUAGGACCAGGGAGGCAGAGGGGAGUGUUCGCCUUCGCCCUAGCUGGAGAAGAAGUGCUCACCCAUUCUCCAUUUUAUGCUCCGACCUCUGACCCUUGGAUCAUGAGACUGGAGCGAGCUCCACCCAUCUCUGAGGCGGCCAAAUGA